AUGGAUGUCCCUAUCCCAGAUUGGCCUAUGAGAAAUUAUUAUCUCAGUCAAAAGGAUGUCAUUGAGGAGACCCAAGAAUUCACGCUGGGAAGUCAAGAUGAUGAUAAAUAUGUGUCAUACAUAUCCUCAAAAAUGUUAACAGGGUCUCAAAUGCAUAAGGAGAAUGAUGAUCAUAUCCAUGAAGAUGUUGAGGAUGAUCAUGUCAUACCCAAUGGUGGUGUUGAUAACAACCAUGAUCAUGCAAUAGUAAAUGAGGUGACAUUGUGUGAAGUUAUGUUAUAUGUUGAAGAAGAUGAAAUGUUGCGUAAUUCUAUUGCACGCUUGGAAGCUAUAAGAUUUACACCAAGAAUUCCAUGUAUUUUGAAGUCCAAACUUUAUUUCUUGAAUGUAAAGAGUGCCUCUCUUUAUAGCUACUUGAAUAUGGAAGUUGAAGACCCCUUUUGUGCCAACAUACUGAAGAGGGUCAUGGAUAAAUUAACCAUGUAUCAUGUGAUAAAUAUUGUGAAUGACAACAUUGAUGAUGUUGUUAAUCAUUAUGACAAUGUUGGUGAUGGGUCUAUCUCUUUAAACAAAGGAGUUCAUGAUAUGUCUGAUCCUGUCAAUGAAAGUGUUAAUAAAAAGGCUAGUCUCUAUAAAAAUACGCUGAAGAGGAAGUAUUUAAAGUGGAUUUCCACUAAAAGUAAGCCUUCAAAAGAAGCUCUAACAUUUGAGAAGAGUGUUUAA